UCCAAUUUUUUAACUAACGCCGUAUUCAUUAAUUGUACAUCUACCAGUGAGUAACAGAUUUAAUUGACGACGACGGCGGCUUAGUUUGGAGACUACGCCUCGUCUCUGCGGGAGGUUGUUCUAACUUCAGAACUUCUCGAAACGAGAACUCGGUAUUCCCAAAACAGUGAUUCGAUUAACUCCAAACCAACAGUUUCCUUUCAAAUGUGUGCGACGAUGUGUUAUUUUUUGUGAACAAAUUCAAUUAAAAAAAUAAUAAUAAAUUUUAUUAAACGACGCCUUUGUUAAUUAAUCAAACAUGUUAAACGGAAACGUAAACUCAUUGGUGGGCGAUAUAGAAGCUCUUUUAAAAGAUAUUUGUGAAUUUCUCGGAAAUAACGUAAAUGACGGGUUUUCCAAAGAACAGAAAUCGUUGGCGGAAAAGCUGAUAAACCGGUCGAAAUCACAAUUACAAACGAUAGCUAAAUUUACAGUUGAUACACCGGAAUCGGAUGCAAGUUAUGUUGAUAUGACCCCUAAAGUACCUCCAAAACCUAUUCCAAAAGAUAUUACUCCAACAGAAAGUAAUGCAACAAUCGAGCUAAUCACAAAGGACUGUCCUUAUAAAUCUAUGAGUGUAUUAGACGCAAAAUCCGAUAACCAUUGGGGAUACUUGGAGAGGAAAAAAACCGUUUGGUUCUUAGAACAUCAAAUUAAACAGCUUGCUAUUAUUGUCGAUUCAUGGUUGUUAAUUUACACAUCGGAAAAAGACAUCAAACCGAUAGAAUUUGUAGAUUUAGAAAUGACAACUGUAAAAUAUGUGAACACAGGAGACGUUAAAUGUAAAAAACAAGCGAGAUCUUUUGAGCUUAUAUCACCUUCAAAAAAUUAUCAAUUUUUAGCAAAAAAUGCCAAAGAUUUGGACCAAUGGAUUACUGCAUUAAGAAAAGCUACAUUGAUCUUACCAGAGCAAACCACAAUCAAAGGAAAUAUAGAAAUUAAUAAACCAUAUCACAAAUCUGUUCGAAAAGAAUUACCACCGCUUCCACAAGUUCUUAGCAUCCCAAAUUCGUACAUGUUAAAUGAAAAUAAGAAGCAUGAAUCAUUAGAAACUUAUGAUGCUGUUAUUCUAACUGAUGUUGAUGAAAACGGAGAAAAUAUAUAUGAAACUCCCGUACAUGUGUCUUCUCCAACACCACAACAAUCCAUUGAAAAACAAGAUCUAUCUCCACCACCGUUACCGCCACCCUUACACAGUAAACCAAAGUAUUUUUUGCAUGCACACAAUAAAAAUUCUCAACAUCCUAAAUUGUCCACACCAGAACAGUCAAUUGAAGACGAUGAAGAUGAACAAGUUGACUAUGAUCUUCCGUUGAAUGAAAAAAUACAAGCAGAACGAAAAGUUUCUAUGAAUCAAGUUAAAAAUGAGUCCAUUGAGGACGAAAGUGAUUCUCAAGAAAUUUAUGAUGAAGUUAUAACGCCUUUAGCAAAACCAGCAUUAAAACCAAACGUUCUUCAGUUAAAAAGUAAAUUAGAUCUCAAACCCAAGCAAAAAUUUGCUGGAAUUAGUAGAACUUCAAGUUAUUCUUUGAGAGAUAAUCCAGAAUAAACUAAAAUUCAACUCAAAGAAAUACAUAUUACUAUGUUAGAAAUUAAAAUUUAUGAAUUGUACAUAAAAAUAUAUUAUUUACACUAGUCAAUAAUUUUCAUUGUUAUUAUAU